AAAACUGAGAGUAUCCAAUUCACAACCGGAACCAGAUAAUUGAGUAAUCGCGGGUAACGUUGUAUAAUGGGGUUUGACUUUAAAAAUGGACGAAGAUUACGCGUUGGCACUGCGGCUUCAAUCAGAGAUAUUCUCAGGAGACACAGACAGUCAAAUUACAAAUUCCGACGGACAAUAUAGCAAAGAACCCAAGUCGUUGGUGGAUCCAUUCUGGGAAAUGACCGAUCCGAAUCCGGACAUUCGGGCACUGUUCCUUCAGUUUAAUGACAGGUUUUUCUGGGGACGGUUGUCGGGAAUCGAAGUAAAAUGGAGCCCAAGAAUGACUUUAUGUGCUGGUCUGUGUUGUUAUGAGGGAAGAGGUGGAUUGUGUUCGGUGCGACUUAGUGUGCCAUUGUUGAAACUGCGACCCAGAAAAGAUCUUGUUGAAACACUUCUUCAUGAAAUGAUCCAUGCAUACCUGUUUAUUACUGAUAAUAAUAAGGAUCAUGAUGGUCAUGGGCCCGAGUUCCACAAGCACAUGUACCGCAUCAAUGGAGAGUCAGGAACCAAAAUAUCAGUUUACCACAACUUUCAUGACGAGGUAGAUGCCUACAGGCAGCACUGGUGGCGCUGCAACGGGCCAUGUCAAGCACGCAAACCAUACUUUGGAUAUGUGAAGCGUUCCAUGAACCGCCCACCAUCAAAGAACGACACUUGGUGGGCAGAGCAUCAACGGACAUGUGGUGGAACUUACACCAAGGUCAAGGAACCUGAAAGUUAUGCGAAAAAGAAAAACAAGGAUAGUAAAGGUGGUGGGGAAAAGAAGGAAAAAGAAGAGAAAGAAAAGCCCAAAUCCAAGAAUGUAGACAUUCGAAUAUUUGGAGGUACAGGAAAAGUACUUGGCGCUCCAAAGGUGUCCAUUCCUGAACCAGCAAAUGACGGUUCUACGAGGAACAGUGCCACAAUCACAGCAAAAGAACCAAGCACUUCUUCUUUCCAUAAAAGUGAAAGUCCAAGUACAAAUUACGGCAAAAAUUAUUUUAGUGACAGUGAUGAUGGUGAUGUGAGUGUUCUGCCUGGUGGGAAAACACCUGUUAAAAAAAUAGUGCCAAAAAAUAAACCAGUCAGUCAAGGAGGAGAUGCUAAAUUUAUGGGUGGAGCUAAGAAAAAGAAAAAGGUUGUUGAAUUUGAUUGGUCAGAUUCUGAGGAAGAUGAGAUUUUGUUGAAUUAUUCAAAAUCAAUGGACACCAAUGUGAUCCAUGAACCCACUGUACCAUCUAAAGUGUUUGAUUCAAGUGAUGAAGACAUUAUUGAUUCAAACAUUUUAGACUGUGAUAAGUCAACACAGUCAUUAAAAAGUUCAGAUGCAACAAAUACAAAAUUUCAUGAUAGUAAACACAGCUUAUCAAGUACCAGUACUCAAUCAGAUAGUUUCACAUCUGAAUCAACUAGUGAUAUCAGAGCCAUGUUACGAAAGGUGUGGGGUGAAAAACGAUUUCCUGACAACAGAGGUGGUAUUGGUGCAAAAAAUAAAAUAUUCAAAGUUGGCAACCAGUCUGUGCCCAUGAAAAGACUAUCCAGUGACUCGGAUCAGCAAGCUCCUAAGAAACCUCGGACUAAUGAGGCAACAGCACAGUCUGCUGGUAAAAAAGCAGAAAAACCCAGUGGAGUGAGUUUAACAGAUGCAGUGCGAAAUUAUUUUGCUGACAAUAAAUUGAAUAAAAUGAACUCUAGCAAAGGGGAUCAUACAUCUGAUAAACCGCAUUUGACAUCACCUAUUGAAAAGAUGUUUAACAAAAUUCAGGAAAAACAAACACAGGAUUCCAAAGAACAUGGACUUAAAGCUAAACCAUUACCAGAAUCAGGGGAGAAAGUGAGAGAAAGUCAAAGUCAAUUGUUGAUGGGAGGUGCUUCUAGUGGUAGUGGAAAUGAGAGGCUUACAAUGUUGACUUGUCCUGUGUGUUGCAAGAUAGUGGAAAUGUCAUUGAUAAAUGAACAUUUAGACAUGUGCCUUACUAUGCAGGCAAUAACGUAAUAACUUGUUAUAGCAACUGUGUCUGUGAUACAUUUUAAUUGAAUCACAUAUCUAUUAUUUCGUAUACAAGCAGUAUAGUUUACAGUUUUCAACUUUUGUAUAACUGAAUGAAAAAAAACACAGGAAAAAAGAUAAAUUUUUAUUUAAACGCAUGUCGUUUUAGUAGUAAAUACCUGUUCUAUGCUUCCAUCCAGAAAAAGGGGGCAUUUAGUGGCUGCUUUGUCGAUUCAUCUGAAUUAUAAUUUUGAUGAAAUCUACCAUAAUUUGAAACAAAUUUCCUUGAUAAUUUUAUCUUUCAUACUAACUUUUGAUCCUUUGAUCUUUAAAUUACUUCUUUUUGUUGUGAAUUACAGAACUUAUGAUCACACUUGAUGAAAAUGUAUUGCCAUUUCGCUAUAAUAAGGAUACUUUGUGUCAAGUUCCAACAAAUGAUCCCCUACCUCCUGUCUGUAAAAGGGAUGGCAAAACUGAAGUUCUAUAAAAUGAUCCCCUUCACCCUGUCUGUAAAAGGGGUGCUGAAAAUAAAGUUCUGUUAAAUGAUCCUGUAAACGUUGUCUGUAAAAGGGUUGGCGAAAAUAAAGUUCUAUAAAAUGA